UUACAAUUUCCAUUUUAAAACAAGUUAUUAAAAUUAGUAACUUGGUUUUCAGAUUACUUCUGUGCCUACCAAAUAUUUAAGCUUGCGCUAUUGAAGUUCUUUUGUUGUUCAUUAAGACAAUCAUUUCGUCAUGGCCUCUGCUGCUACUAUGAAAACAGUUCCCGCUGCUGCGGGAGGAAAGCGAGCUUACAAGGACCGGCAGAAACCCACCGACAUCCGCAUGAGCAACAUUCAAGCGGCGAAAAGUGUCUCUGAUGCGAUUCGAACUAGCCUGGGUCCGCGUGGGAUGGACAAGAUGAUCCAGUCGGGCAGUAAAGGCGAAGUGACUAUUACAAACGACGGAGCAACCAUUCUCAAACAGAUGAAGGUUCUCCACCCUGCUGCCUUAAUGUUGGUAGAGCUUUCUCAAGCUCAGGACGUGGAAGCGGGAGACGGAACAACAUCCGUCGUAGUUGUGGCUGGCGCAUUUCUGGAAGCUGCGGCAAAGUUGUUGGAGAAAGGCCUUCACCCCAUGGUCAUUUCGGAGGCUUUCCAGCAUGCUGCUGAUAUUAGCGUCAACAUCUUGAAGAAUAUGGCACUGCCAGUGGAUUUGAAGGACCGCGAAUCGUUGAUUAAAAUCGCCAGAACAUCCCUGAAUUCUAAAGUGGUGUCACAGUUUUCCGACACCCUGGCUCCCAUUGCCGUCGAUGCGGUCCUGAAGAUCGUUGAUCCCGCUCAGCCAACGAUGGUUGAUCUGAAAGAUAUUAGAAUUGUCCAAACCUUGGGGGCGACAGUGGACGAAAGUGAACUUGUCGACGGUUUCAUUCUGACCCAGAAAACUCAAGGUCCACCGGACGCUCCUAAAAAGAUUGAGAAAGCAAAAAUUGGCUUGAUCCAGUUUUGUUUGUCGCCGCCGAAAACAGACAUGGAAAACCAAGUGAUAGUAUCGGAUUACACACAGAUGGAUCGCAUACUGAGGGAAGAACGCGCUUAUCUCUUGAACAUCGUCAAGCAAAUAAAGAAAGCCAACUGUAAUGUUUUACUCAUACAGAAGAGCAUUCUGCGUGACGCUAUCAGCGAUAUGGCACUCCACUAUUUGGCUAAAAUGAAAAUCAUGGUUGUGAAAGAUAUUGAGCGCGAAGACAUCGAGUUUAUUUCCAAGACGCUAGGAUUACGACCAAUCGCUAGUCUGGACCACUUUUUACCGGAGCACUUGGCAUCCGCUGAUCUGGUUGAACAAAUUGAAUCCGGCACUUCUAAGCUUAUCAAGAUAUCUGGUAUCCAAAAGCGAGGACGAACGGUUUCGGUUCUUGUUAAAGGAUCGAAUAAGCUGGUGUUGGAAGAGGCCGAACGAUCUCUCCACGAUGCCCUGUGUGUCAUUCGUUGCUUGGUUCGAGAUCGGCAUCUCAUUGUUGGUGGUGGAGCGCCGGAAAUCGAAUUAUCUCUGAAGUUAGCGGACUAUUCGCGUACACUGGUUGGCGCUCAGGCACUAUGCGUCCGGGCGUUUGGUGAGGCUCUGGAAGUGAUCCCUUCUACGUUGGCCGAAAAUGCCGGUUUGAAUCCCAUUGAAACCGUAACUGAACUGCGCAAUCGCCAUGCCAGUGGGGAUCAACAAGCUGGCAUCAACGUGAAGAAAGGCGUCGUUUCUAAUAUUUACGAGGAGAAUGUCGUGCAGCCUCUUCUGGUCAGCACCAGCUGUGUGCAGCUUGCCUCGGAAACCGUUCGCAGCAUUCUAAAAAUUGAUGAUAUUGUGAACGGGCGAGGAUAAAAAAACGAUACGAGUCUGCCGGGAAUUUGGAACGGUUUUUUACAUUUAUCUCUCUAGUGUUUGACUUUGUUAAUGUUGCCUCUACGUUCCUUUUAGAUUUUGUUGUAACGUCUACGAAUGCGGAAACGUUUGUACCGUAAUUGACAGCCUUCUAAUCUCACUGUCAGUAGCUACAGUGCUAAACAAGCAGAUUUUCGAUUAACAGUGUGCUCUGCGGCGGUUUAACGCCAUAAUAAAUCAAUGAAAAUGGCAAA